AUGCAGGCUCAUGGUCUCAGAGGCGGACCAGCCAUCCCGCUGGUGCGCAUCGAGGAAAUCUAUGAUUCAGGCGAAUCCGAGGCGUCUGCAGAGCCACGGUCAGCAGCUCGGUCAACAGCUGGUCCUCCUGAGGAAGACGGAGAAGGCUGCUCGACGCUGCUUCGCUCCUAUGACGAGUUGCAGGUUCAGGAUCUGCAGGAUCUCCUCGUGCACAGGGAAGACGAGAUUCAGGAGUUGCGCCACGUGAUUGCCAUGAAGGAUCACGUCAUCCGCUCCCUGGGAGAAGAGAUCGGCUCUGCAGAGGUGGCUGCGCAGGUCAUCUCGAUGAAGGAUCACGUGAUCCGAAGGUUGCAAGAGGAGCUCGAAGAGACAAAGCAGUCAAUCUUGGAGAGUUCCGGCAAUCUGGGGCAGAUGACGGAUGCCACAAUGUUUACGGCUCUGCCAGUAGAAGUGAGCACUGCCUACGUCCCUGCUGCCGGGGAUGUGGUGGAUGAAAGGAUUGCCGACUUCAGCAAUGGCAGAAGGAAUUUGGUGAUGUUUACGAAGUUGAAGGAGGAGGGUUAUUACCUCUUCGGUCGGCUUCUGGUCCAAUGCUUCGCCGAGAAGCAGGCUCAACGGCAUCGAGCGGGAGUUCUGGUGCAGGAAUUGGAUAGUGAGGAUGUCUACGAUCUUGAGGAUUUCGUGGCACAAUUCGAGCACCUUGAACACCAGCAGCUGGAGCAGCAUUUCCUGGCCGUGGCGCAAGGCACUGCAGGCAUCAUGGAGCCAGUGACUCGACUUCGGCAUGGCUAG